UGCGGUGCCGCUGCCACCGCGGGUGUCACCCGGCGGGCGGACCCCGUCCGCGCUGAAGCCGCUGGCACCGCACGGCGCCCCGCGGCCCGACCCCGGCCCGGCCCCGCCGCCGCCAUGGAGCGACUCGCCGCGCUGCUUCUCCUGCAGGUUACUGCUGCCAGCAGUUUUUCUCAUGAAAUUGAAAAUGUCAGUUUAAGACAAGCCGUGCGAAAGAAGAGUAUUCAGUGGAUAGAUUCUUAUCAGUUGGACAGUCUGCGUCCUCUACAGCGUACAAAAAGGACCUGGGUUAUCACCACCAUCGAUGUUCAAGAGGAGGACAAAGGCCCGUUCCCAAAAUACGCUGGGCAGCUGUUCAAUAACAAAUCAUUUAACACAUCAGUAAAAUACCUAAUCAGUGGACCUGGGGUAAAUGAACCUCCAGAGGUUGGAUUGUUUUCUAUAGAAGAUGACGAAAAUGGCCAUGUGUACGUGCAUCGUACCAUUGACAGAGAAAAGACCUCAAUUUUUCAGAUACGUUUCGAUAUUGUGUACAGAAAAACUGGUGAACCAUUGGACCGUCCUUUAUUUUUCAAGAUAAAGGUUAAAGAUAUUAAUGACAACGCACCCGAGUUUCCCAAGGAGGAAUACAGUGUUACAAUAAGAGAGAACCACACUAAAAACGAGCCAGUUUUCCAAGUUACUGCCUUGGACAAAGAUGAAGGCGGCACUGUGAAUUCUCAGGUGUCCUAUUCUCUAAGUAUGCAAAUGCCCCUUCCAGAUGGAUUCACAUUUAAUAUUGAUCCUACCACAGGAUCAAUAUUUCCGACAGGAUGCCUGGAUUAUAAGACUGCCAACUCUUUCACACUUCUGAUUAAAGCCAGUGACCACGGGACUCCCCAGCUCUCAUCUACUGCAACAGUGAAUGUAGCUGUUGAAGAUGCAAACAACCACCUCCCUGAAUUUACUAGGGAUCAUUACCUGCUGCAGAUUUCGGCAGGUCAGGAACAUCCAUCGGCAUUACGGCUCCAAGUGGAAGACAAAGACUCUCCCAACACUCCAGCCUGGAGAGCAAAAUACAGAGUAACGGAAGGCAAUGAGAAGGAACAGUUCACCAUUGAGACAGAUCCAGUCACAAAUGAAGGCAUUUUGAGUAUUAUCAAGCCUCUCAAUUAUGAAGAUGACUCUGAGGUGAAACUUGUCAUUUCUGUAGCAAAUGAAGAACCGUUCUUCUUGUGUAAAAAUGGUGUUGUGAUGAUGUCAAGCCUUGAAUCCACGAAUACAACUGUGAACAUCAUGGUCUUACAGUCACAACGUGCUCCUAGGUUUCAUCCUCCUAUACUUAUUGUCCAAAAAGAAGAUUCAAUGAAGCCUGGGAGAGUAUUUAGAAGGUAUCCUGCCACAUAUCCAGGUGAUGUGCCAAAUAAGAUAAAAUAUGAACUAGCCCAUGACCCAGAUGGCUGGCUGAGUGUGGAUGAGCAUUCUGGAGUUCUUACUGUGGCAAAAGAAUUCAAUCAAGAAUCUCCUUAUGUGAACAACAGCCUGUACACCAUCAUCGUUCACGCUGUCGAUCAUGGUAUUCCACCACAGACUGCUACUGGCACCAUCCUGCUUUACUUGUCUGACAUGAAUGAUCAUAUGCCAACAUUAGUGGCUCCUUCUUUAGAUGUGUGUGACAAAAAAGAAGGGACACCUCUCAUUAUAAGAGCUCAGUCUGCUACAGUCCGGUCAGAUUCUGGGCCAUUUACAUUUGAGCUGGUUGAGGACUCCGAAGAUGUGAAGCAUAACUGGAAAUUAGGAAGGAACUUUGGGGAGUCAGUUGAACUUCUAAUGCUAAGAAGCCUCCCACGAGGUAGCUACUUGGUACCCCUCGUUAUUCAGGACAGGCAAGGAUUUUCUAUGAGGCAGAACCAGCAUGUCAGGCUCUGCUUUUGCCCAGACGGACAUACAUGUAAAGAUUCACCACUUCCACAAGCAGCAGUGACGCUUGGAGGUGCUGCCAUUGCAAUAAUACUGUUGACUUUCUUACUACUGCUGGUUUCCAGUAUUCUGCUUUGCCGGUUUUACACGCCAGGAUCUAAAACCAAAGCCAUUGCUCCACUUCAAGAGGGUGAACAGACUUUAAUCAACUACAAUGAAGAGAGCAGAAUGGCUUUGUCUCAAGCUAAGCUGGAUAUUAUGGAUCACGCUGCUCUACCACCCGUGCCCGUGGAGGUUGGAGAAAAAGCAAUUUCUGAGGAUGACCUGUACGCGAGGUGUGAGACAUUCCAAGUAAGACACCUUGAUUGCAUGAUACAGAGAGUGGACAAAAUACUGGGUCAGAAACUGUAUGAGCAAAACAGUCUGGAAGAUUACAGGGCCACCUAUGAGCCUCACAGAUACGCUGAGGAAGGAGAACUAGGGCGAAGUAACUCCUUCUGUUCUGUCUCCAUUGGCGGUGAGGACUUGCCUGUUGAUUUUUUGAACACUCUUGGACCAAAGUUUUCUGUUCUGGAAGAAAUCUGUGAGAAGCGAUUUCCAUCACUCAAUUAAUUUCAGAAGGCUGUGCCUACUUUAUGGUGUUGUAAAGGCUUCUGGCAGAAGCACUGAAAAAUUCUGAACAAAGACCCAUCUGUGCUAGAAAGCGUUGCGGCACGUUUGCACCAUGAGUACCUGGCCUUUGGUUCUUCUGCCUGCACUGUUCGCAUGCAGCCGCCAAGAACGUGACGUGCCUGGAAGGGCCACUCCACUCUGAAGAGAUGGUGGAGUGAUUUUGGCAUAUUCUGUGCAGACUUACACAAUAGAAUAUCUGAUAUUAAGGAUCCUCAAUAUUGUAUGCAAAGGAAAAAAAGACAUCUACUAGGCUGGAAAUUCCAGUCAAAGUUCCAUAUGGAAAUAAGCCAGUUUUGAACGGAAAAGGCAAUUAACAGCUAGGCCAGCAAUAGUCCAGUGGUCUCUUUAAAUCCAAGGUUAACUUUAGUACAAUGCCAUGCAUAUCUGACUUGCUGAUCAGAUCUUUUAUUCCUAUAUGACAUUGAAACACCUCGGAGAAAGUGCUCUUCUACUCUUAGCGUGACUGUACCUGCAGCAUGACCUGAGGUCUGCUCCCUCCUCGCCUUUUAGCAUAGAAGAGGCCCUUAUUUAGUGCCUGUUUGCUUAUGCUGGCAUCUGGUGGCUGUUAGUGUUAUUACACUAUUGUAAAUGCUGUAAAUGGUAAGAAAUUGUUGACAGAGGACAAGUUAUGGUUAUUCCUUUCAUUCGAAUAACUACCUUCUCUCAAUUAGCUACAAGUGACCGUGAUGAAGAAAUUCAUGGGUUUCCUCAAGCACCAUUGAUAAAUCAGAUGGCACGAUAAAGAAAGGAUGGUACCAAAUGUCCCUUUAUGGAGACCACGGAUGUGUUACUUUGAAAUCUUGUGGUUUGUGCGUGUCUGAGUGUGUGCAGUUGGCCUGUGCUCAGUUAGAGCAUGAUGGCUGUCGGUGUCACGAUACACGAAUGAGGAAAGAAUAGCUCAGAGGAUGGUAUUCUGCUGUUAGGUAAGUGAUACAGACAAUAAGAGAUGGAAUUAGGCCCAAAUUUUACUUCUGUUCCAUUACAAUUCUGCGCUAAAAGAAAAAUCCUUUGCCUAAGGCAAGCGCUAAGUCUGGUAGCUGAGGCGUUGUUCUUCUGUUUCCAAGUUUACUUAAUAAAUUACACUUUUGCUCAGAUGUUAUUAACUAAUAAUUCAAGGUUGGAAACUUCAGUCAAGUGUGAUAAAAGAAUCUGACUGAGUGGCAGGCAGCUAAGUUUUCCUAAAUGCCAGCAGCGGGAUCUGUUUACACAAAAAAUCACUACUCCAAUAAACUGUCUUUAAUUUAUAAUUCCAGAUGGAAGACUUCAAAUCAGGCCAGUGAUCUAACAGCACUGCUAAUAACCAUGAUGACUUUUUUAUUGCAAACUAUAACCAUAUUGGUAAGAUGAGAACUGUGCUGUGUUUUGCUAUUUCUUCUGAAAAUUAUGCAAGAUUAAAAAUAGUAAUGAAAGUA